AUGUCUCCAGUUUUAAGGGAUAUGAGAAAAGUAUCUCUGUUGUCCUGCUAUGUAGGGCUGUCUCCUCUAAAAUUCGACAAUAAACAAUUGUCUGUUUCUAAGAUAGUCGUAUUUUUUAUUACGUUAUAUUCUCUUCUUCUGACUUUCGUGGCUUUAGUCACUGAUGUAUUCUUCAGCAGAAGAAAUUAUGAAGGACAACUAGCUAGGUUGGUAUUGGCCCCGCUUCAAGCCUUAUCUUGCAUUUUAAUCUUUCUCAGUUCUCUGUAUGCGUUUUGCCAUAUUAAAAAACUGAAUCGUUUUCUUCACGAUAUGGAGAUGGUCGAUGCUUAUUUGAAAAAGUUUAAUUUUUCCAAAUCAUUUCCUUCCAACCUUUCUAUUCCUACUUCAUCCCUUAUUUGUGUAGUUAUAUCUCUCGUUAUCAAAAUAAAUUUGAUAACAGAUAAGCCAUCGUAUUUGUACGUAACCCUCCAACACAUAGUAUGGGCACUGAUACCAAUACCAAUUUAUCAACUGAAAGGUUUCUUAAUGAUCAUCAGUUCUCGGAUUGAAGAGAUCCUUGCGAUCUUGAGAGAUACCAGGUCAAAUAAUACGCUUUGUGUCUUGACGAAAUGCCACUGUUUGGUUGCAAGAUCGGCAGAACAAUUGAACGAUGCAGUUUCUCUGAUGUUCUUUUCAAUUAUCCUGUUUAUUUUUAUUCUCCUUAUAGGAGAACUAUAUUCGUUAUACUUUUUAUCUUUUGUGUUUAAAUAUGGUAAAAUGUUGGUCAGAAUAACUUGGAUAAUUUACGGCUUUACUAUAAUCAUUCCCUUAGUUUCAACUUGCGAUUUAAUAUGUAAACAGACUCAAGAAUUUUAUCAACUCUUAUAUCGUUUAAUGAUCCACGAUAAAUCUGACCAGGUCUGGGGCAACACUUUUAUGUCACUUUACACUUGUUUGAAGAAAGACAUCAAGUUCUGUGCUUUUGGUGCGUUUUGUAUCGACAAUAAACUUCUGAAAUCAAUCUCGGUUGGAAUACUUACACAUUUGAUCAUUCUUAUUCAGGUGAGCCAAGAAAUACCCGACUACCCUCUGAACGCUCAUCAUACCGAAGUAUCACAGUAG